AUGUCUGUAGAAGAGUCAUCUGUUCCACUUACCAUAAAUAGUGUCAUAGCUGAAAGUAAUGAAGUUAAUCUUGAGAUCAACAAGGAAAUUAUCAUAGCUGGUCAAAAAACACAAGAAAAUGCUAAAGAAAAAGAGGAAGAGGGGUUCAAAACAAAGAAAAGGGAAAAAAUUUCAGAAGUGUGGAAUGAUUUUGACAUAGUGGAUGGAUCAAAGAAAGCUAAAUCUUCACCAUUCAUUCUUGCUUUGCAUUCUGGAAAAUUUGACAUGGAACAAAUGAGGGAGGCAACUGCUCAUUGGAUUAUGAUGCAUGAAUAUCCAUUCACCAUUCUUGAUGAAGAGGGGUUCAAUUUAAUGAUGAGGCGUGGAAUGCCUGAAUGGCAAAAAAUUAGUAGGACGACAUGCAAAGCAGAUUGUAUGAAAAUUUAUGAGGUUGAGAAAAAGAGGUUGAAGAAAAGUCUUGAGUGCAUUGAUAAAAUAAGUUUGACAACAGAUUAUUGGAAGUCGAAGACUCAAAAAAUUGAAUACAUGGUUGUCACUGGGCAUUGGAUUGAUUCUUGUUGGAAUUUGCAAAAGAGAGUUUUAAGUUUCAUUAACAUUCCACCACCAAGGGGAGAUCUUCAAAUUUCUGAUGCCAUUUUUAAGUGCAUGAAAGAGUGGGGUAUUGAAAACAAGGUUUUCACUAUUACUAUUGAUAAUGCUUCAAGUAAUGAUUUGGCCAUUUGGUACAUGAAAGAUACCAUUCAAAGAUCUAGAACAUUGGCAUGUGAAGGAAAUUUAUUUCAUAUUCAUUGUUGUGCACAUAUCUUGAACUUGUGCGUUCAAGAUGGGUUGAAGGAGAUUGAAGAUAUUAUUAGUAAUAUAAGGGAAAGUGUAGAAUAUGUAAAUCGUUCAGAGGCAAGACGUAUGCAAUUUACAGAGUGUGUGCAACAAUUGCAGUUGAAGGAUAAAAAAUUGAUUCAUGAUUGCAAAACUAGGUGGAACUCGACAUUUGAAAUGUUAAGUUGUGCACUCAAGUUCAAAGAAGUUUUUCAAAUGUUCAAAGAACGUGAUCACUUUUAUGGUUGCUUCCCUCAAGAAGAAGAAUGGAAUAAAGCUCAAAAGAUUUGCUCACUGUUGGAGGCUUUUUGGACAGCCACACACAUCAUUUCAGGUAGUGAGUAUCCUACUUCAAAUUUAUUUCUUCUGGAAGUUCAAAAAAUAAAGUCAUCAUUGGAUACUUAUGCACAACAUGAAGAUUUGUUUCUUAAGCAACUGGCUAGUAAAAUGAAAGAAAAAUUUGACAAGUAUUGGGGUGAUUGUAAUCUAUUGAUGGCUAUAGCUGUUGUGUUAGAUCCAACUAAAAAAAUGCUUGUUGUUGAGUUUUGCUUCCCUAAGCUUUAUUCUGAAUUAGAUGCCUCUAAUCAUAUCUCAAAAGUUAAGGAGAUAAUUAAUUCUCUUUAUGAAAAGUAUGUUGUUGAAGAAACUAAUAAAGGAGCGCCUCAUCCAUCUGAGUCUGAGAGUUUUGCUUCUUCAAGUGUUAAAAGAAAUCAACAAAGUUCUAUGUAUAGUUGGGAUGAUUUUGAUGACUAUUGUGCAAAAGUUGAAACUUCGGAGACUAAGAGAUCUGAAUUGGUAGAUUAUCUUGAAAAGGGUCAUCUUAAGAGGAAUGAGAUUCCUAAAUUUUUUUCAUGUUUAGAAUGGUGGAAGAUGAAUAGAAUGCAAUAUCCAAUAUUGUCAAAGAUGGCAGUUGAUAUUUUAGCUAUCCCAGUGAGUUCAGUGGCUUCAGAAGCAACAUUUAGUGCAGGGACGAGAGUUAUUUAUUCUUAUCGUUCAUUACUCUCUCCGGACAUAGUGCAGGCUCUUCUAUGUUAG